GACUAAAUGGGGAACUAGCCAAGAUGGUCUUCAAGAGAUGGGAGCUGGAUGGUCAGAUGAAGAUCCUUUUUCACAGACACAAUCAGGUCAAGAAGUACAGGUUUCCCACACCAAGUCAGAGGAAGUAGUCGAGAAAACAACUGGGAAUAAACUCCCAGACAACUAUGAGGCCAUUCUUAGAGAGGCAGACUCGCCGAUCGACAUGUCCUCUCAGAAGAAGAUUCAGGAUCAGCUCUACGCCGGAGUUUUCUUAAAUGGAAAGAAAAAGAAGUAUUGGCUUGACAAAAAGUCUGGAAGCAACAGCUUCAUGCUGUUUGCUAGGGAUCUCUCAGUCACUUGGGGGGACGACCAACGUUAUUGGAAGUGGACUUCCCUUGAAGAGACAAGUAAUGUUCUUAUUGAUGUGGCUGAACUAUUGAACGUGUGCUGGCUGGAGAUCAAUGUGAGAUUUGGGACAGCAAAGCUCACUCCAAGGACUUUGUACGAAGCUGUCUUUAUCAUAAUGUUGAAGGAGGGAGCUCAUGGAUGGGAUACUCCAGUGAACUUGAGACUGCUACUUCCAAAUGGAAUCAAGAUAGAGCACAAAGAAAACCUGAAGAUGAAGCCAAGAAAUCAAUGGAUAGAGGUCCUGGUUGGCGAGUUUCGGACUUCCACUGAGAAGGCUGGGGACCUGGAAAUCUCCAUGUAUGAAAUUGAGGCUGGGCAAUGGAAGAGAGGACUUGCCAUCAAAGGGGUCGUUAUACGGCCUAUAAACUAAGUGUGAGAAUAAUCAAUGGGAUUUCAAUAACUUUAGAAGUUAUUAUCCCAAUAAUCAAUAAUUUCAUUUACAUGAGUCAUAAACAAGAGCUUGUGACUGGGACUUUGAAUUAAACGUGUGAAAUUACAUAUGUGAUCAUCAUCAGCAACA